AUGUCUCUCUCCUUAUUUCGAUUCGUCGCUGCUGUUGGUAGAACACUAGUUGUUGCUAAUUCAUUAGGUACAUUGACAUUGCAAGUGGUAUUUGUGCUUAGAGGGUUCAUUAUUGCCAAAGAUGAUAUUAAGCCAUGGAUGAUCUGGGGCUACUAUAUAUCUCCUAUAAUGUAUGGCCAAAAUGCCAUAGCAAUUAAUGAAUUCUUAGACAAAAGAUGGAGUGAAGUACGAAUUAAUAUUCCCAUUCGUUUGUGA